AAAUCUCUGACAAAACCAAAUUGCACAACUUUCCCCAAAAGCUUCUUUGUCUGCAGUUCAUUAUUUCCCCGGUAAAGGCUGAGUCUGCCUCGGACCACUCAUAAUUUGAUUAAUCCACCAAAAGGGUAGCCACACGUAGUGCUUGGGAUUCAACAGGGAGGGGGGUUGAAGAACUUUGGAAGAGAUGGAGACCUUAGUCUUUUUAUUUUCAUUUUCUGCCCUCGGCAUCCUCUAUGCAAUGAACACCAUUCCAGAGCUUCAACAGCCGUAUGUGAUCUUGGAGAUUGGAGUUGCUGUGUUGGUGGUUGUUUUCCUGUUCUACUACCUCAUCACUCGAGGCAACCCACCUAAAGACGCCUUAUUCUUUGUGUUUGCUGAAUUUUGUUUUACUUGUAUCAUUGACCUGACAAGUGCCUUGGAAUAUGAUGGCAUUGUUUCUGGCUUUAUGGAGUUCUACCAGAAAACAGGAGAGCCCUACCUGGGCACAGCUUAUGGCAUCAUGAUGUGUUACUGGGAUGGAAUAGCCCACUUUAUCAUGUACCUGGUGAUGAUCAGCAGAAUAACAGACAGGAGGUCCUACCGUACCCUUGGUUUGUUCUGGGCUGGCUCUCUGACUGCCAACAUGAGUGUUUUUAUUGCUGGGAUAGCGGCAGGUAAAUAUGGGUCCGACAUUCGCCCAGCCUUCUGGCUCAACUUUCUCUUUCUUCUGAUGCCUGUAUUUGGAGCCAUUACAUUGUUCACCAGGCCCAAGGACAGACCACUAAUUGGUGGAUACAAUGCCCAGCAUGCUCAAACCAUGAAGCUGAUCUGGCGCCCCCUGGACCUGAUUCUGGUAGUACUCCUGCUAGCUGCCAUGGCCUUCACCAUCCUCAGAGGCUUGGUGGCUCUUGACUCUCCCCUGGAAGCCUGUUCUAUCUAUCUGAGGCAGUACGAACCCUAUCUGAAGGAUCCUGUGGGCUACCCUAGAGUUAUGAUGCUGCACUUUUUCUUUUAUGGGCUACCUGUCUUGGGUGCACUUGUCUAUGGUCUCCUCAAGCCAGGGUGCACAUGGAUGUCAGACUGGAGUGUGUUCUUCGCCGGAGCUAUGAUCCAGUGCCAGUGGGCCCACAUUGGGGCGUCCCUCCAUCCUCGUACCACAGCUCCGUAUCGUAUCCCAGAUGAAGUCUUCUGGUCUGUGCUGGCAGCUAACCUGCUCUAUGCAGCUACACCAAUCGCAGUAGCCAUGCGGGUUCAGAGUAACCCCUAUUUCUUCCUGAAGAUCGCCCCAUUCCCUGGGCAGACAGGUCUGCCCAACAGUGAGGAGAAGGAUACCAAGUACAAAGAGAAAUGAUAAUUGUUAAUGCUUUCAGGUUUCACAGUUAAUGACAUAUCCAAUGAUUCUUGAAGAAUGUAACUUGAGGAUGCAAUGUUGCUUUAAUUCAAAUGCCUUAUUUCAAAUGCCAAAAUAUAAGGUUAUUUUACUCAA